AUGGCCCGAAGGCUCGGGCAUCGGCUUGCAGGGCAAUCGACCCUUUUUUUUCCCCCAUCGAUUCUUUUGCCACCCGCCCCGUCUAAGCGGCCGACCCACAGUGUGGUAGUGCGCCUACCGACUUCCCAGCAUGCGAUUAUAACCAUUUGGCCGCGGCAACAACCACAACAGCCCGGUCAGAAGGACGACUGGUCAUCUGCGCCCCGGACCCGGGGCGCCCGCGAUGGCUUACUGAUUUGCACCGAGUCGAACCGGCCGAGGCCAACGACGGGUGCCACAGCGCCCCAAGCGAGGAUGACACCACAGUCUCAUGCAACGGCACGGAACCGGGACGAUGAGCCGGAAAAUGGGCCACCCCUGGAUCCGACUCCCAGACCUGGCAGCGCCGACACGACGCGUCGCGAGCCCGAUGCUGCGCCUUCAUCCAGCAUGUCCGACGCCCCCGACCAAGCAGCGAGUGUGCAGGACGCGGAUGAACCCGGCAAGGACAUCGGAGCUAGACCAAGCAGCAAUAUCUGCGAUUGCGAAGUUGAUGACGGGGACCAGACAGCAGCGUCUGAUGCUGACGGAGGACACUCGAUCACCGCUGGUGCAGCAGGCGGACACGAACAACACACGUCAGAGCCUAACAGCCAUCAACGCAGGAACACGCCGGAUGAGGCUCGGCAUGGCCAGGUAGGCGAGGACAUGGACGGACCUGCGCGGAGCUGUCACAGAUGCGGGCGGACGAGGACGCCGCAAUGGCGCAACGGCCCCGACGGCUAUGGUACACUUUGCAAUGUCUGCGGGUUGGUGUUUUCGAAGAGGCAAGGCAAAGUCCUGGACGCCUAG